GCCCUGAUCAUUUUGUCCAUAUCAGCUCAUUAGUAUAACCCUUGUCUCACACAAGUACACAUAGCUGAAGUAUACUAGAUUUUUCAAUUUCACCGCCAUUCCUCCUUCUUAUUCUCAUGGCUUCCUGCCUCCACUGACGUUGCAAAAUGGGAAGAACUCCUUGCUGCAGUCAUGAGGAACUGAGAAAAGGUGCAUGGACGGUUCAAGAAGACCAGAAACUUAUUGCUUACAUUCAGAAACAUGGCACAGGAAGCUGGCGCACCUUGCCACAGAAAGCUGGUCUUCAAAGAUGUGGAAAGAGUUGCAGGCUGAGAUGGUUUAACUACCUCAGACCUGACAUUAAGAGAGGACAAUUAACCCAAGAAGAAGAGGAGACGAUAAUAAAACUUCACGCGGUUCUUGGCAACAGGUGGUCAAGUAUUGCAAAGCACUUACCAAUGCGAACAGAUAACGAAAUCAAGAACUAUUGGAACUCAUAUUUGAAAAAGCGCUUUGAAAAGAAAUGCAUGGAUCCAAUUAGCACUGUUAGUUCCACAGAAUCAAAAUCCACUCGCUUGUACACGGUUCCAUCAAAGAAAACAUCAUGCCAUGGACCAAACGCCACUACAAACCAGUCAGUUUCAUCCUCAACUAAGCUUCUCAACAAAGUUGCUAGUAAAAUUCUUGCAUCUGGUUACCUUGAUGCAAUCAAAUCAUGCCAACCCGUUGGUGCUGGGAACAACACUAAUGAGAGUGUUAUUAACCCUGGAAUUGGGCUAAAGGAUAAUAUUAGAGAGACCCUUGUGCCUAAUUUGACCUCCAUGUCAAGUAAUAAUUCAUCAACUUCUGCCCAAAUACUGAACAAAAUGGCCACUUCACUCCCUCAUAAAGUUCUUGGCCUUGAAGCUGCAAAAGCUGUGUUUUCAAAAAUGAUGGAAAGUGGGGAAAAGGGUGAGACUACAAGUGAUGGUAGCUUUGUUGGCAGUGAUGAAUUUGGAGUUUGUUUAGAUGCUUUAAGCCUUUUUGAGGAAGGACCACACAUAACAACAAUAAUUGGUUCCCCUUCUAGGCCUACUACACCAAUGUUCAAUAAUCAAGUGACCACACCCUCAUGCUUUUCAGAAAAUGAAGAUAGUUGGCAAUGCGUUUCAUCUAAUUAUGUUUCUUUCACAAACUGUGCUGAAAUCAGCAUGGUUGAGUCUUCUAGUUCCACGUCGUGCUUUCUGUUUGAGAAUGUUGAUCUUGAAACGUGUGAUGAUGAGAUAAGCAAGUACAUUCAGUAUUUGUGAGCAAAAUGUAAAAACCAAAGUCACUGGCCUCUCCAUUGUUUUGUAAUUAGGACCCAUCUUUCUAAAUAAAUGGACCUCAAUCAUCUCAAAUUAUUUGUAUGCAAGAUGGUGGACCCCAUAUCAAAAGUUAAAGUGUAUAGACAUAUAAAAACAAUUCUGUCUUUUUUCUUGUCAUGUGACGUUGCUCAAAUAUCUU